UGGGCGUGAAGCAGCGGCACCGCGUCAGACUCAGUGUGUGUUGGGCAGCGAACGUGAGUGGAAGUGAGCAUGUGCGGUCGCUGUACUUUUUAGCUCCCCUGUCGCCGUCGUCUACUUACGCGCGGAGUGAAUGGGAAAAGCGCGAACAUACCUCAGUGAAGCUUGAAGACUCCCGAUCCUGCUUAUCUCCUCAAGGGCUCGGCGGGGGUGACGCUAGUCUUCGCUGUAGGGUGAGUCAAGCUGUGCCGCCCCGCCAAGUGGUUUUUGGCUUGAGUACAAACACUCGCCAAUAUAAUGUUGACAAUAGCUGCUGAUGCUUCAAGUGAUUUGUUUACUACCAUCGUGGGAUCUUCAUAAAUUACUGAUUCAAACAUAAAGAGAAAAAGUAUUGUGACUGUGAGAUUAUUAGCGUGAGGAAGCUGACUUAUGGAUUAUAUUGUGUUCCCCUUCAAGGUCUAAAAUAAGAGCUUUACUCAUUUAUUUAUCUAGGCCUUGUUCUCGUCUAGACCAGGAGUGUUGUCACCGGCGGGUGGAGCGGAUCUGGUGGAGGGGGGACGGGAGACACUGGGGCCUGGGUCGUGAGACUUCCUGACAGCCGUGAGAAAUGUUACUUCAAAAUCUUCUUCCUUAAUUGCUAUGCAGCGUUCGUGCAUAGAUAAAAACUUUACAAGAAAAUGCUCAUGAUUAUAUACUUAUAUUUUUGAAAAAAAAGGUAACUCGUGAAACAUUUAUAAUGCUUUUGAAUGUUAAAGAAUAACGAAUCACGAGAAUGGAACAAAGUGUCAGAUACCAAUGCAAUGCCAACGUGAGACUGACCCGGUAAAGUGUUGAGGCUUAGGCUCAGAUGACCCCGGCACGAUGGGUGACCCUCUUCGACCGGGUGAAGGAGGGCCAGUGUCAGAGGCCACGGCCCCGGCGUUGGAGUGGACUCCCGCCAGCACGGAGCGGGCGCUGAGGGCGUUCCUGAACUCUGUGCUGCAGGACCUAUCGCGGCCGCCGCCUUCUAAGUCCGAGCAGGUCAACUUCACUGCCAUCGCCGAAGAGUUCUUAGCCACCAGCAGCACCACAGCCAAGGUCCACACCCUCCCGGCCUUCUUCACGCGGCCAGAGGCACCUGACAUCCUGGCGGUGGCCGUGGAGGGGUCAUGGGCAGUAGUGGCCAUCGCGGCGCUGCUCAUCGGCCGGUGCUCCACCACGGCCCCCCGAGGAGCCACCUCCGCUCCCACGCUGCUCUACGCACACGGGGUCCGCACUCUAACGCUGCUGCUCCUGACCCUGGUCCAGAUGGGGGCAUGCGGUGAGGCGGGGUUCAGGUACUACCACUCCCAAGCCCCCCAUAUCCUGCUGCUCCCCGCCCACGCCCUUGCCCUAGCCACCACCCUCCUUCUCUGGGCCCUCUACCACCACUUGGAGGCAUGGCACUGUGAGGGCGGAGUGGGCGUAGGGGUGGGAGUGUGGGCGUGUGGGGCCUGCGUAGGCGGAGUGCGGACGUGGCAGGCAGUGGGUGUGGGGGGAGUGCCGCCCCUGCUCGUGUAUCCCACCCUCAGCCUGGCCUGUGGACUGCUUCAGCUCCUACUCUGCUGCCUGGACGCCGCCGCCCUCCUGCACUGGGUGCACAAGCAGCGUAACACACAGGUGCUGGAGAUCACGCCGGGCACGGGGGAACGGGGGGCGGCGGCGGCGGGCGGCCCGGAGGGCGGGGGUGGUCUUGCCUACCGCCACUCCCACGUCGGCCUCCCCUCCCGCGCCACCUUCACCUGGUACCUCCACCUGCUGCGGCUCGGUUGGCAGCGGCCCCUCGGCUACCCUGACCUUGGCAAGCUGCCCCGCAAUGAGGAGGCGAACAACCAACACGAGAGACUGAUCGCCCACUACCACAGGGAACAGGAACGCGUCGGGGCGGGCAGGUCCCCGUCCCUAUGGCGGGUGUUCGCCCUCACCUACUGGAGGGAGAUGACGCUCGGGGGACUCUUCAAGCUGCUGGGAGACGCCGUGAACGUGGUGGGACCCCUGGCCAUCUCCCUCAUCGUGACCUACGUGACCCAGGUGCAGGAGGGCAAGUGGGUCAACGAGGGCGUCGUGGUGGACAAGAUAUAUUAUGUCGGGUGGGCUGAGGCGGCGCGGAACGGCUGGGUGGUGGCCGGCGUGGCUCUGGUGGCUGCUCUCGCCCAGUCCACCUUCAGCCAGACCUCCACGCACCUGGUGGCCAUGGAGGGCAUCCACGCCAAGGCCGCUCUUCAGGUCAUGAUCUACAACAAGACCCUGCGCCUGCCCUCCACGUUCACCCCAACGACGGCGCCUGACGGAGGAGCGGACGCGGCGGGAGGCAGGAAUGGGACCGUGGGAGGGAAAGGGAGCGAAAAUGGAAGAGUGACAGUAAGUGAGGGCGGGAAGGUGGCAGGGGGUGGAGGAGGGGCGACGGAGGGCCGGAGGGGGGCAAGCGAGGCAGGGGACGGGGGGCAGGACGCCGGGUCCAUCAUCAACCUGACCUCUGAAGACGCCGACAAUAUCCUGACCUUCUUCCUGCACUGCCACUACACCUGGGCCAUCCCCAUGAAGGUGUCGGUGAUCAUGGCCCUCCUGUGGGUGCAGCUCGGGACCUCCGCAGUAGUGGCCGCCCUUGCCGCCAUCCUGCUGCUCACCCCACUGCAAUUCCUCUUGUGCCGACGGAUAGCGGACACCAAUAAGACCUUCCUGACGGUAAGCGACGAGAGGCUGCGACGGACGUGCGAGGUGCUGGCCGCGGCGAGGGUGGUGAAGGUGCACGGCUGGGAGGAGGAGUUUCUCAGCAAGAUUACCUCCGUCAGGAAGAAGGAACUCGCCCUCCUUCACCGUGACUCCCUCCUGCGUGCCUUCAUGACUUUCCUGACGCAGGCCGCCGGGGUGCUGGUGUCGCUGGUAACCUUUGGGCUGUACACGCUGGUGGAGGGCAGGCCUCUGGAGGCUGGCCGCGUCUUCUCGGGAAUGGCGCUCUUCAACCAGCUGACUGUGCCCCUGUUCAUCCUGCCCAUCAUCCUGUCCCACACCAUCAGGGCCAAGAAUAGCGUGCGGCGCCUCGAGGCCUUCUUUCGAACCCCCGACGUGGAGGGCCCCCGCACGCCCCUCACCCCAAUCACGCUGAGGGUGCCGCGCGGGGAGGGCUCGGGGGUCCACGUGGAGAAGGAAGGAGGAGGGGGAGGGAAAGGUGGAAAGGCUACUUCUGGAGGAGGAAGAGGAGGAGGAGGAGGAGGAAGUAACGGACAGGAAAUGAAGACAUCCAGGUUAUCACGAGUCAACGAGGAGAGCCGCCCCACCUCUGCCUGCUCCCUCCUCUCCUCCUCUACCUCGAAGGUGGAAGAGGAAGACGAUGACGACGAUGAUGACGAUGACGAGGAGAUUAACGGAGGGACGGGGAACAAGAGUCAGGCUUUCACUCUGCCAGUUCAAAGCAACGGAGAAGCAGAGAAAAGAAGAGGUGACGCUCAGACGGCGGCAGGUGAGCGGCGGCAGGUGGCGGUGAGCGUCCAGUGCGGUACCUUCGCCUGGCCCACCCUCGGCCGCUGCCCCGCCCUCGAGGACAUCACGACCCAGGUGCCCACAGGAGGACUGACCGUGGUGCUUGGCGCUGUGGGGUCCGGCAAAACCUCCUUCCUACUGGCGCUGCUGGGGGAACUGUGUACCGUGAGGGGUCAGUUGCGGUGGUUUGGAGAGAUGUCCGUGGCGUACGUCCCGCAGCAGCCGUGGCUCCAGAACGCCUCCUUGAGGGACAACAUUCUCUUCGGGCGCCGCUACUUGGCUCGCCGCUAUCAGAGGGUGCUCGCCGCUUGCGCCCUCCAGCCCGACGUGGACAUCCUCCCCCACGGAGACCUGACGGAGAUAGGCGAGCGGGGCAUCAGCCUGUCAGGUGGGCAGCGGCAGCGGGUGGCCUUGGCUCGUGCCCUCUACAGCGACGCCCGCACGGUGAUCCUGGACUCGCCGUUCUCCGCCCUUGACUCCGGCGUGGGGGGCAGCGUGUGGGAGGCGGGGGUGCUGGGGCUGCUGCUGGGCCGCCGACGCACCGUUAUCCUCGCCACGCACCUCAUGCACUUCUCCCGACGCGCCAAUAAGAUCAUUUACCUGGAAGGCGGGCGAAUCUCCGUCCAGGGCAGUCCACAAGAGGUUGCACGGGCGGCACCGAUGUUGUGGCGGGCGUGGGGUGGCGGAGGUGAGGGACAGGGAACACAAGGGGCUGCGGAGGGGGCGGCGGGCGAGGGACGCACGGCCAGGGAGCGGUGGGCCCUGGUGAGGCUCGUGUCUCGUCUGGCGCUACGGAACAGCACCACCAGAGGCUCAAGACGAGACAAUGGUGACGAGCACGGCGCCGAGGACCACGAAGACUACCUCGGCGGGGGGCACAGCAGGGCGGCGAGGCAGUACAGCAUGAACAGGGAGGUGCCCCAUAGCGCGCUUCUGCCGGGGGACGAAUAUGUGUACUUGCCGCCCGCCCUUACGCCGCUCCUGCCGCCUCACCCGCUCCUUAACCCCUCCUCCUCCACCAUCUCCUCCUCGUACAAGCUCCAGCUCUUCAGAAUCAAGUCCAGCGCCCCAGCAUUCGGCCGCAAGGCCUCGCAGUUGGAGCCCGUGCGGCAGGUCCCUCGUCAUGCCCUCAGCCUGCCGCCUCAGCCCCGCCCCGCCCCGCCCCGCACACGCACCGCAGCGCAGCCUCUCCUUAGCCGACUCCUCUCCUCCGCGUCCUUCAGGUCGGUGCGGCGUGCUGGCAACAAUCAGAGCGAAAGGUGGAACAUUAGAAGCCUAUUCUCGCCCUCCACGGCCCUGGAAGAGGAUCUGGAGCUGGAGGAGGAGGUGCCCAUCGAGGAAGACGUGGAGGAGGAUGGGAAGCUGGAAGAGGAGGAACAGGAGGAGAGAGGGAGAAGUUCUUCCUCCACGUGGAAUUAUCUGGUGUACCUGCGGGCAUGUGGAGUGAGCAUGGGGCUGGCCUACCUGCUCUGUGCUGUGGCUGGCCAAGGGGUGACUGUGGGUCUGGACUUCUGGCUGGGACGCUGGACUGGACAGGCGAGUCACUGGAACGAGACGAAACCAGGAGACAAGAAAAGCGAGGAGGCGAUGCAGGCGUUUGUCGAAGAGACGAUGAGUUCCUACUACCAGGUCUACGCCAUGCUGUCUGCUGUGUCUGUCGUGCUGUCCCUCUCCACUAACCUCCUCGGGCAGCUGGCGGCGGGGCGGGGCCGGAGGAAUCUACACCAUGGCAUGCUGCGCGCCCUGGUGAAGGCGGCGCCACGGUUCCUUGACGAUACCCCCGCCGGCAGACUCCUCAACCGUGUGACCAACGACACGGCCAUGAUAGACAAGGAGCUGGCGCGGUCCGUCACCCACCUGCUGUUCUUCGUGCUGCUGGUCACCUCCGCCGUGCUGGUCAACGCCGCCGUCACCCCCGCCUUUCUCGCCGCCGCCGUGCCCAUCUGUCUGGUCUACUACGCCGUGCAAAAGUUCUUCCGCUGCUCCUCAAGGGAGCUGAAGCGCCUGGAGAGCCUGUCCCGCUCCCCGCUGCUGAGCCACCUCGGGGAGACCGUGGGCGGCGCCUGCGUGGUGCGCGCCUACGGGCAGGAGCGGAGGUUCCAGCAGGUGUUCCUCCACCGCCUGGAUACGCACCUGGCGGCCUUCAUCCUCCUCCACGCCGGGAACCGCUGGCUCGGGAUAUGUCUGGACUACAUCGGCGGCAUCAUCGUGUUCUGCGCCACCGCCGCCUCGCUGCUGGGAUCCACGACGGGACUGGGGCCGCGGCUCACUCCCGACAUGGUGGGUCUGGCCAUCAACUACACGCUACUGGUGCCGGUCUACCUUAAUUGGGUGGUGAGGUUCCUGGCGGACACGGAGAUGGGCCUGUGUUCCGUAGAGAGGGUCCACCGCUACGCCAGUCUGCCCGCCGAGGAGGAGGACGACCACCACGACGAGGACGAGGAGGAGGAGGAAGACGAUGAUAAUAAGAAGCAUAAAAGGAGUCCAGCAUUUUCUGAUGAUAUUGAGGCCAACCAGCGUUACCGUCGCCGCCACAGCCAGGUCAGCUUCAAGUGCAGGAGAAUGUCCUCGGGUCUGCCUCCUGGGUGGCCACUCGAAGGCAAGGUUGAGUUCCGCAGCGUGACCCUGCGGCACCACCAGAGCCGCCCCAUCAUCCUCAGCGACCUCAACUUCGUCAUCAAGCCCGGCGAGAAGGUCGGGGUGUGCGGACGGACGGGGAGCGGCAAGAGCACCCUGGCCUUGGCUCUUCUGCGAGUGGUGAGGGCGACGAAAGGCUCCAUCCUCAUCGACGGCACUGACCUCCGCCACGUCCCCCUUCACAUUCUGCGGGCGUCCACCUCCCUCAUCCCGCAGGACUCUCAUCUCUUCUGUGGCACCGUCAGGUUCAACUGUGACCCCCUGGGGAAAGCCACGGAGCAGGAGGUAUGGCGCGCCCUGGAGGCCGUGCAGCUGAAGGACCUCGUGACGGACCUUCCUAGACGUCUUGAGAGCGAGGUGUUGGAGGGCGGGGCCAAUUUCAGCGGCGGGCAGAGGCAGCUGUUCUGCGUGGCGCGGGCGUUGUUGCGGCGCUCCUCGCUCCUGAUCCUGGACGAGGCCACCUCCGCCCUCGACCCCCCAACCGAGAAGGCGCUGCACCACGCCCUCACCCACGCCGCGGCCCACGCCACCGUCAUCACUAUUGCUCAUGGCCGGAGGAGCCUCAUGACUCUGCCUCGCGUCCUGGUGUUGGAGAACGGGCGGCUGGCGGAGGACGGCGACCCGAAAGUGUUGGCACGUAAGCCGGACGGGGCCUUUGCGAGGCUUCUCUCCAGCACCAACGAUCCUGCUACUUUCACAACCGCCAGGGACGAGCCACCCAUAGAGAACGGUGCGAGAAGACCGCUGUACAGGGUGUAGGGCAUUGUGAAGGACACUAUUUUAACUAUUAACUAAUUAUGUGUACUCCUGUCAGAAGGUACUGAAGGUUGAGGCAAGGAAGAAAAACACUCGAAAAUGUUAUAAGGAGGUGUCAGAUUGAGACUACUGUUUCAGAAUAUUUCAGAAUGAAAAAAACUGCUGGAAGAAGGUGCGAGAAUGUGUGGAAAUGUAUCAUGUGAUAUUAUUUCUCUCUUGUGAUAGAUAUGCAAGUAUUUAUAUUUUAUUUCAUACUCGUUUUAUUGUAAAAGACAUAUUAUUUAUAUCUGUUUGUCCGUCUGUCUGUCUGUCUAUCUGCCUAUCUAAUUAUACAUAUAUCUAUCAGUUUGUCUGUCAAUUUAUGCAUCUGUUUAUCUGUAUGUAUCACACACACACACACACACACACACACACACACACACACACACACACACACACACGUGAACAUAUUUCAUGUUAUUUGAAGAUAUUUUUUUAUAAACCUUGUCAUGUGCCCAGCCCUAGAAGUAGCUGCGCAAUUAGUUACAAUAAAAGAGCAUCGCAUACUA